AUGGCUGGUAAAUCGCCAGAACAUGAUAUCGACCUGCUACUGUAUUCACUGGUCGCGAAUGCAGAAGUAUCUCUUAAUCUAUACCUGCAAGUAAAUCCCAUCAAGUUAUCUGGGGAAUCUGACGCUGAUGUUGCGCAACAUCCGUUGGCUGUUCCCCUCGCAACUCCAAUAUACGUGCCAGAUGCUACCUCGAAUUUACUAGAAGCACUAAAGAAGGUUGAGGCUGGUAGAGCUUCUGACGGAAGGUCACAAUUGUAUGCCAAACAAGCACACGCUUUGUUGGCCCGUAUAGAUUCAAUUACUGGUGAAUAUUCGGCUGUUGUGAAUCGUUUAAGCGCUCAACCAAUGCCAGAGCUGCAAGGGCUACCCGAUACGUAUACUCGAGUCAUGGUCAUCAUGGCGCAUUUCUUACACGGUCAAGCGCUGGAAUUAUUGCGUCAAGACAAGGACGCUAUAGAUAUAUAUACCAAAGCCAUAUCAAAGAUCGAAUCACAGUAUACAGAUGCUGCUGCCUCCAAACCAGACGAAAUAGACCAAUGGACGAAAUGGGUCGAAAAUAUCGUCUACCAUCACGCCAUGCUAUGUGUUCGUCACGCCCAUCUAGAUCAAGCUCAAAAAUCACUCCAACUCUACCUUCGUUUCCUGGCACCAGUCCCAGAUACAUAUCUUCCUGGUCGUCGAAUUGCAAUAUGUCGGCAAUAUCUAACCCUCAUAACGACAAAUCUGGCAAAGCCGUUAUCGGGCUACAUACAUAGACCUAGUGUUGGUUGUGGUGUGCCAGUUGAUAUUCAAGCUGAGUUGGCUAGACAUUUGCCAACGUAUGAGAGGCUUGUUACUGCAUUAUUGCCAUUUCCCAAAGGAGAGAAUGAAACACCUAUAGAGAAAGGACGAGCGCAGAGAGUAGCUCAAGCGUAUGAUUGGUGGGUGAUGGCUGAUUCUGGUGGUGGAGAUGUUAAUGAAGCUGUUGGUGAUGUUGUUGAGCGACAUUAUCGACUCAUAGAGACACUAUAUCGAGGCACCAAGCAUACAUUUCAAUCUCUGAGACUGUUUAGGUAUCUGUCUCAUACCUUCUCUUCUCUCCUACAUGCAUUCGGAGACAACAUGUCUCGUGAUGAAAAACGAGAGGCACAAGCUGCGGUAGAAUCAUAUCUCUUCAUUUUCAACACCCGUCACGGCGCUGCCAUCGACCUAGAACGGAAACGACGGGAAGAUGCCAUGCUAGUGAUACGUAGAGCAAGUACCAUCGGACGAGGUAGUGAACGUAAAUCGGCUGAAGAGAAACGUAAAUCUAUGGAACGGCGGAUGAUGGCCGCUACUUUAGAAGUUGGUACAGAGGCAGUGUCUACUGAACGCGUGGCUAGAUCUGUUGAAUCUCUUAAAGUCUGCAAUGGACAUUCUUCACCAUCUUUGACUGGCCUACCUGCUGGUAGUGCUAGUACAUUACCUGACCCUGACGCACCUAUAGUUGUUGAAACGGUAGAUGGUGAAACUAUUGCUGAUGUUUUGGGUGUGUUGAUUUCUGGAAUGAGAAUACUGUUGUCGACUGUUGAAGGAGAUGAAAAAGAGUUGAAAAAGGCUGUUGAGUAUGGUCGGAGAGCCCUAGAUCUUACCAGACAUCACUCAGUCAAGGAUCGCCCAUUGCUAAUACGGCGAGCUCAACAAUGGCUUGGUGUAUCGUUGGGUGAAUUGGCUCUUGAAGUAAGAGAUUCGGCGUUCAGGAGGCAAUGUCAAGCAGAAGCGCUGGAAGCAUUGCAAGAUGCUGCCUCCAUGUUUGGUGAAGAUGAUCGAGCAGGCUGGGAUGUGCUGUAUCAACUUGCAUUACAAGCAGCUGAAGUAGGAGAGAUUGAACAAGCAUUCGAUGCAAUUCAAUUAUCUCUCACAUUCCAACCAACUCACAUUCCUUCGUGGAAUCUUCUGGCAUUAUUAUUGUCUUCUAAAAAGUCGUGGGAUGACGGCAUUCGAGUUUUAGAAAACGGAUGGACUCAUUGCGUUAAUGCUCUGGUUGCACGAGCACGAGCUGCUAGAAAACUGUCUUCCGAAGUACCUGAAGAUGCUGCUAAACGAAUAGCGAGUGGUGCGCCCACUGUUGAUAUAUUUAGUUGGGAUUGGGUGGAUAGUGCUGAUAAGGAGGAGCUGAUCUCGCUAAAGCUGACCUCGUUAGCAUUGGAAGCUGCUCGCUUUGGACCAAAGGCAGCUCUAGACUCAGUGCAGUCCAUCUUCACCCUGUACAGAAAACUCUUCGGUUAUGUAGUUGCAGGAAUGGAAGAGGACGACGAUAUGAAUCGCUCCACCUUAUCCACACCUGCAGCAAUAUUAGGGCAAUCACCAAACACUAAUUCAGCGGUCUCGCCUUCUCAUUCACCGUCUGCCACCAUGUCGAAACAAGAUGUACCAUUAGAACCAUUAUCCCUUCCAAAAGCAUUAUCACCAUUCAGAUUCCACACACGAGGAGCUUCUACUACUGCUUCCUCAUCAACAUCACCACCUGGUGCGACCCCUUCGUCAGCUCAUCUGCCAGCCCUGUAUCGAUUCCGACAGUACGACCUACUGAUACAGUUAUGGCUAUCGGCUGCAUCACUGUACAGAGAAAUAGAGGCCUUUUCUGAAGCAAGUCAAGCAGUAGAUACGGCUGAACAUGUCGCUGAAGUCGUAUCCAUGAUUGAUGGCAGGACUGCUGAAAUGGGGUCUGGGAGAUUGUUUGGUGCCGGAAGUGUACAUCAGGUUAUGAUGGAUCGACGCCGUGGAUUUGGACUUAAAAAACGGAAGGGGCUGUUUGCUCUCAGUCCAAAGACAUUUAAUGGUGGGAGUAGCAGUACUGAUGGUUUGGCGAGUGGUGAGAGUUAUGCUAUUGAAGGUAGAUGGAAGGGAGCUAGUGAUGCUGUUAGAAGGAUGUUGGCUGAUGUGGUUUUUGAGUCUGCCAUGUUACGGCAUGCCAAACUCGUCUCUCAACAACGAGCACCAGUGUUAACCAGAGCUCAUAAAUAUCUGUCGCCAGUGGCUCAAGUAGAAGCAGCUCGAUCACGCGGUAGGCGACCCGUCAUCCCGAAGUCUGCAUCAACCUUCUCCUUGGCAUCCAUGUAUUCGGGAACAGAUACACCUCCAUAUGCUACCAGCCCAAUAUUACCUACACCACCACCACUGCCGACUGCUCCAACAGCCAAUUCUAGUACAUCUCCAUAUCAAGCUUCAACAAUGGGCACGACAUCUUCUAAAGGAAGUUCGUAUGAUCUAAGAAGCUCGCCAGCGAUUAAUAAUCCAUCACCACUAGCCAAUCUAAGCAAUGCAAACACCAGUAAUAGUAAUACAUCAACAGGUCCAUCGCCUGGUGAAUCCAUUGCAUCUGCCUCGUCAAGGCCAUUAACUCUAGACUCUGUCAUACAGGAUUUGCAUCUAGCCACUUUAUUAGAUGAUGAUCAUCUGCCAUCGCGAGUAUGUCUAGCUCUCCUAUACGCCACAACACAGAAUCACUCCCUCGCAUCAUCCAUCUUGGAACGAGCUGUUAAACGAGGUAAAGCACGAGGAUGCGGUGGUGGACAAUCUGGUGUAUCGUCAGUAUAUGGAGGCAAUACUGCUGCUUUUGGAUGGGAGUCGUGGCGAGCGUUAGGACUAUCGUUACAAAAAGUUGGACGAUUGGAGGAAGCCAAGACGUCUUUAAUGUUUGCUGUUGGAUUGGAACGGGUUGGAUUUGUGCGUGGGGCAGAGUUGUUAAACAGGGUUGUAUAUUAG